UGACGUCAGGGGGUGGAAGAAAACAGCAGGAAUCAAAACAAGAGACGGACACGCCUUCAAUCUUAAAGGUUAUUGCAGCUUAAUUCUUCUAAGUGCCAUUGCACAAAACGCUACCUGGGGUCCACCCAAAACCCUAAACUCCAGCAACAGCCUGCAACAGCCCGCAGCACUCGACAAGGACACAAGCCUGCAGGGAUCCGAGGCAGCUCUGCAGGAAUGGACUCCACACUCAUGUCAGGCGCUGACAGCAGCUCAUAGAGGUCGAAAAUAACACUGACACCAGAAUAGCGUAAAAUGCCCAACCAAAAGACCAGCAAAGGCAAGAAAAGCAAGCGCACUAACAGCAGCGGGGAUGAGCAGGAGAACGGAGCGUGUGCGGCCGCAACAGGAGGCGCGACGGCGGCUGCUGCGCCCACGAACGAGCGCUCCAGCGAGGCACAGUGUGCGACCCCCCUGGGCUGCAGUCUGGGACGCCCCAUAGACAUGGACAAGGACGAUUACCAGCGCGUCCUGUGCAACAACGAGCUAUGUCCCCAUGGGAACUGGAUGCACCUGCAGUGUUUCUACGAGUGGGAGAGCUCCAUCCUGGUCCAGUUCAACUGCAUCGGCCGUGCACGCUCCUGGAACGAGAAACAGUGCAGGCAAAACAUGUGGACCAAAAAGGGCUACGACCUGGCAUUUCGCUUCUGCUCUUGCCGCUGCGGACAAGGCCAUUUGAAGAAGGACACAGACUGGUACCAGGUCAAGCGCAUGCAGGAUGUUCACAAAAAGAAGCCAUCGGAGAGGAGUUUUGGCAGGAUGGGGGCGGCUGCUGGGUCAGGUGAGGGGGGCAUGGAUGACAGCAAGAAAGCUAAGCUACCAGUUGCAGGUAAAGUUCCUCAAAGAAGUCAGGAGAUGCCUCGUAGACAAUCCAUGGAGAGACAGAACUCUACAGAGAAAGGUGCAGUCGGGGGUCAGGCAGUAGGGGGAGCACUUCCAAAAUCCCCAUGUGAAUCCUCCCCAGGACAGUCCCCUCCGACGGGGUUCUGCUUUUCCCCGACCUCGGCAUCGGCGCAGGGGGCAGGUACGAGAGGGCCACGACAGCUUGGGGAGUUCCUGAGAUCAGCGGUGCAGCAUUCGGACACCCAGAGGAGGCACCCACUGGUAUCGCUGGGGCGAGGAGGGGGGCAUUUGGACGCAGGAUCUGUGCUGCCCAUCCCUAUGUCCUUGGCCCUCCCGCUGCAUCACAGGCUGGGCUCCGGGGGCGAUGGUGGGCAUGGUGGACACCCCGUGCAGUUCCUGAGGCGGCUGGACCUGUCAGAGCUGAUUGCACACAUCCCCCGGCACAAGCUGAACACCUACCACGUCCGGAUGGAGGAUGAUGCACAGGCAGGGCAGGGGGAGGAGCUGCGCAGGUUCAUCCUUUCAGCCCUGAGUGCAUGUCAGAGGAACAUGGUGCACUGCGCCCUGUGCCUGCGCUCUCUGCCCGUGUUCGAACAGUUCCCCCUGGUGGACGGGACGCUCUUUCUCAGCCCGUCCCGACAUGAGGAGAUUGAGUACGACGUGCCCUGUCACCUACAAGGGAGGCUUAUGCACCUCUAUGCCAUCUGUGUGGACUGUUUAGAAGGAGUCCAUAAGAUCGUCUGUAUCAAAUGCAAGUCACGCUGGGACGGGAGCUGGCACCAACUGGGCACCAUGUACACCUACGACAUACUGGCAGCCUCUCCAUGUUGUCAGGCCCGUCUCAAUUGUAAACACUGCGGGAAGCCAGUGGUGGAUGUACGAGUGGGAAUGCAGUAUUUUUCAGAGUACAGCAACGUUCAGCAGUGUCCUCAUUGUGGGAAUUUAGACUAUCACUUUGUCAAACCUUUCUCCUCUUACAAAGUUCUCGAGGCUUAUUGACACAUGUUGUUCUUGCAUGCUAGUUAUCAUUAUGCUGCUUCUGUUACUGUUUUUCUAACACAAUCUAGGAAUAAAUUUUAUUUUUGGGCCUCAUGGCGGUUAUCGGAGUAUAUUUUUGGCACUUGGAUUAAGACAGUAUCUUUGCUGAUUGAGACAGGACUGGAUAAAGUGUUGACUUGACGUUUAACAAGUCCUAAAGACACAUUUAUCUGUGACAAGUGAAUGUAACUGUAUGCCAAAUUUGCUUUAUUUUGUACCAAAACAGUGAUAUCUUGAAAAUAAAGCAAAGAAACAUCUG